AUGCCUGGCGCAAUCCCCUCGCAUAGAGACCCCUCUGAUAUUCUCAACCAGAUCGUCAUCUCCCCCUCAGACACCGACUACCUGGACCAACUCAUCCCCUCAAUCCGCGAAUACAGCCGCGGAAACAAAACCUCACAGCUCCUCCAGUCCCUCUCCAGAUUCGCCAGCGACCGUGAAUUGGCUAUCGAGAAAGCCUGCAACUCCAACCACCAGGAGUUCGUCGCUUCCGUGAACCAACUCCUCCGUGUCCGCGAAGGCACCGUCAGCUUGACCUCCGAGAUCCUAGACCUCAACCAAUCCAUACAGGCCAGCACGGAGCGGCUGGCGGAGCAGAAGAAGGCCCUCGUGGAAUCGCGCAGCCAUCGGCAGAACAUCGAUGAGACCUCGCGCGCCUUGCAGGAUUGCCUGGAGGUGCUACGCCUGGCAAAUCAUGUCAAUGACCUGCUGGCCAAGAAGAACCACUACGCCGCCCUGCGCGCUCUUGACGAGUUGCAGAACGUCCACCUGCGCGAUGUCACGCAGUAUAAAAUUGCUGAGAUGAUUCAACGUUCCGUGCCGGCCACACAGAAGGCGAUUGCGGAGGCCGUCAUGGCGGACUUGAAUACGUGGCUGUACCGCAUCCGGGAAAUGUCGCAGUAUUUGGGGGAGAUUGCGUUGUACCAUACCGACCUGCGCAAGACGCGGCUGAAGGAGCGCGCGGAGCUCAACUCCUAUUUCCGCCAGUUUCGACUGAAUUCGGCCAUCGAGCUGGUCUCGGAUGAGCAUGAGGAGUUUGAUCUGCUGCAGAACGAUGACCUGCAGGUGGAUUUCACGCCGCUGUUUGAGUGUCUGCAUAUCCAUCAGUCGCUGGGGCAGAUGGAUAAGUUUCGCGUUGAGUAUGCGAUGACGAGGAGGAGGCAGAAGGAACUGAUUCUGCCGCCCUCGAUUUCUGUCGUUGAGGAGGAUGGUGCGAGUUUGCAUAUGCUUUUAGAGGAGAUUGCGGGGUUUGCCAUUGUUGAGCGGUCAACUAUGAAAAAGAUUCCCAAUCUCAGAUCUCCUGUCGAAACCUGGGGCUUCCCCGUCAGCGUGUUUGAUAACUUUCUCAUAAACCUGUUUGAGAAAUAUGCUGAACUUCUCAAGAGGAGAUUCAGCGACGACUUUCAGGAGGUAUGCCACUGGGUGGAUAUGAACUUUUACCCGAGGGAAAAAUUCAGUAAACUAAUGACCUCUGCAAAGAUUGUUUCAACCGAUGACUACAUGCCGAUGCCAAUUCAAAACAUUGAGGAAUAUGACAAAGUCCUCAAUGUCAGCUGGUAUAAUCCUGAGAAAUCGCGCGAGCAGCAGACAUUCCCAUGCGUUUUGCCAUUCUCUCAAAUGUAUCCGCUAUGUUGCAUCGAUAUCCGAAACUUCCUAAACCAGUUCUAUUUCUUCUCCAACGACGAUUUCCAACACCCAAGCAUGAUCGAUGAGACUUUGAGAGAGUCCCUCGACUCGCUCCUCUCGGAUAAAGUCUGCGAAACCCUCGUCGAACGCCUCGGUUCACAAUACCUAGGCCAAAUCGUUCAAAUCCUCAUAAACCUCGAGCACUUCGAGAUAGCCUGCCAGGAACUGGAACUCCUUUUAGCCGCCGCACGGUCGCCCAACUCCAGUUGUGCAGGUGCCGCCAUAACGCUAAACGCAACGAACAAGUUCCGCAGCAACAAGAAAGCCGCCGAAAAGCGGAUCUUCGAGGUCGUGAAUUCGAAGAUAGACGACUUGAUCGAGACGGCGGAGUAUGACUGGAUGUCGCCCGUGCCGCAACGGGAACCCAGUAACUACAUGCAGACGUUGACGAGGUUUUUGUCGAACAUUAUGAACUCGACGUUGUUGGGUUUGCCGACGGAGAUUAAGGAGUUGAUAUAUUUCGAUGCGUUGAGCCACGCGGCGAAUAUGGUGUUGGCCCUCCCCCUGUCGCCCGACGUGAAAAAUAUUAACCCCAACGGCGUCGCCGCCCUCGCGCGGGAUGUCGACUACCUGACCCAAUUCGUCGACAGCCUCGGCGUGCCCAUCCUGCGCGAGAACCUCGACGAGCUCCAGCAGACCGUCCAGCUCCUGCAGGCCGAAAACACGGAUGAGUUCUAUGACAUCUCGACGAGGAAUAAAAAGUAUGGCCGUGUUGAUGCGAUGAAUGGGCCCAUUUUGUUAGAGAAGCUUGUUGCAGCGGUACAGAGCCCGCAGAGGCAGGAUAAGUUCAGUGCGCUGUCGACCAGGUUCGGCAUGAAGUAAGAAGUAACUCUGUUAUUUGGUUAUUCCAUGGCAGAAGUGGAAUUCCCCGUUAAUGGCUGGGAUGGGAGAAUGAGUACGCAGUCGGGUAUAGGAGGCGGCGUGCUUUGUCCUGGUUUUGAUG